CCUUGACUCCGGGAGCCGCAGAGAGCAGGUAUCCCGCUCUUGCACCUGUUCUCCUGCACCUGACGUGCAGCUGCUCUGCGCACCUCUCCUGGCUGAGCCUGGCCUGCGUGGCACGUUCUCCUCCCCCAGUCUCACCCUCCCAGGGCAGCUUCUACAUCCAACUCCUUCUCUAGGGAAGGUCUCGCCUCCAGCCCGGAGCAGUCAGGAUUUACAGCAGGAAGCCCAGCCUCAGGUCAGGAAACAGCAUGACUGAAGUUGGGUGGUGGAAGCUGACCUUCCUCCGGAAAAAGAAAUCCACUCCCAAGGUGCUCUACGAGAUCCCUGACACCUAUGCCCAAACAGAGGGAGGUGCAGAGGCCCCACGGCCUGAGGCCGGAAGCCCCACCAGCGACUUUAACACCCGCUUGGAGAAGAUUGUGGACAAGAACACAAAAGGCAAGCACGUGAAAGUCUCUAAUUCAGGCCGCUUCAAGGAGAAGAAAAAAGUCCGCGCAAUGCUGGCAGAGAACCCCAGCCUCUUCGAUGAUCGAGAGGAUAAAGGACAGUAAAGGGGGCCCAGGAGGAUGCUCACACCUCCCAACCUCCUGUCACCAGCCCGGCCUGAGACAGGAGCUCACCACACUGGCCCCCGCUUUGGUCCUAGAUAAAGUCAUGGGAAGGUUGUUGUUGCCUGCUGGCCAGGAAAUGUCUUGUUCUUAGGUUUGUAUUUAUGUGCCUCUGCUUUGUGUUAAGGCCUGGGCAAUCCCAGGUUCCUCCCCCUUUCCCCUGACCACAGUACAAAACCCUCUCCAGUUCAGGAUGGAAGCUACCAUCCAGGAGAAAGAGAGGGAAAGGCAGGGCCUGGGCAGGAAGGGGGCCUGGCGGGAAGUGGAGAGAGAGGGUGCCAAGAAGGACUCCACCUUCUCCCUGGGCACAGGGUCAAGGGUGAGUUUGAAUUGCUGCUUAAAUACUUCACUUUCUCUACCUGUGACUGCUCCCUGGACCAAUCCUAGAGGAGCACAUUUUCUAGAAGCCACGUGAUGAGGGCGGUUUCCUUGGUGCCAGAGGCAGAGACAUUGAACUUGAGCUCACCUCUUCACAGAAGGGGUAAACUUCCUGGAACUUUGCCCCAGGUAUGGAGGGGCAGAGGACUCGGGAUUCAUCCUGGGGCUGCUGCAGGCCUGACUAGAAAUUCCCCAAGG